CAGCGAGCAUGCGAAACCGGAAGUGCAGCAUAACAACGGAAAUGUGCGGGUAAUUCAAAACUGCGCGAGUGUUUUUAGGGUUUUAAUUUGAGCUGUGACGAUUAACUCUAAUCAUGUUUGAGAUGUUUAACGUUUAUUAAGUAAUUCAGCAGAUGUGUGUGUGUGUGUUUAACGCGAGUGUGCUGAACAACAUGUCAACAAAGAGUCUGGCGAAAGAGCUGGGUCUGAUCCGGAGGCGCAGUCAGUCAUCAGGAGCUCAUCGCUCUCUCCGCAAGCAGCGCUUCUCCUUCCUCAUCAUCAUUGACUUUGAGUCGACGUGCUGGAGAGAGAAGAACAGCUUCAGGCCGGAGAUCAUCGAGUUUCCGGCGGUUCUGCUGAAUCUGUGUGACGGAUCCGUGGAGUCGGAGUUCCACUCGUUCGUCCAGCCGCAGGAACACCCGCUGCUGUCAGACUUCUGCUCGCAGCUCACGGGCAUCACACAGGAUCAGGUGGACUCCGCCCCCCCGCUCCACAUCUGCCUGUCCAGGUUCGUGCGCUGGCUGCAGGGCCUCCAGCAGGAGAGGGGCGUGGCCUACGAGACGGACAGCUCUGGCCCCGCCCCCUCAGGACACGCCUGCGCUUUCGUCACAUGGUCAGACUGGGAUCUGGGUGUGUGUUUGCUGUACGAGUGUAAGAGGAAGCAGCUGAGAGUUCCUGAAGCUCUGAAGAGCUGGAUCGACCUGCGCGCCACAUACAGGCUGUUCUAUAACAGGAAGCCCAAGGGUCUGAGAGGAGCUCUGCUGGACCUCGGCAUCCAGUUCACCGGCCGAGAGCACUCCGGUCUGGUGGACGCGAGGAACACGGCUCUGCUGGCGUGGAGGAUGGUGUGUGACGGCUGUUUCAUGACCCUCACCAGGACUCUGCAGCGGGCGCCGGUGAAGCCCAGACCUCAGCGGGGGAUCAUCUGUGCAGCGCCGAGUGUGUGUGACGAGCCGCAGACGAGUGUGUGUCGCUCCGUUCCGAGUGUGUGUGACGAGCUGCAGACGAGUGUGUGUCGAGCGCUGGUGUCGCCGGUCACCGUUCUCUCCAGCACAAACACACCGCUGGGAAACCUCCAGAGGACGAGCAACACCGCGCUGACUGGGCUCUCCGACACGACCUACGACCCCGAGACCCCAGACGACUGCUGGAGCGACGGAGUCCUGCUGACCGAAGAGGGGGAGGAGCCUGUUGCUCUAGGGGAGGAGCUUGUUGCUCUGGGGGAGGAGCCUGUUGCUCUAGGGGAGGAGCCUGACGAGAACAGACCCAACGAAACCACAUCAGACCGGCUCAAACCCACCGUCUCCACCCGUCUCUUUAAAACACCCAGACCGGUCCCUCACACACUGACACACACACACUCACACACACACACAGACCCGUACGGGCCGCUCUCUCGCUUCUUAGGCCACGCCCCCUUCAGCAUUCACAGAGACACAUCCCCCAGCGUCCACAAAGCCCAGCCCCCCAGUGUUCCCAGAGACACGCCCCUCAGCGUUCACAGAGCCCCGCCCCUCAAUGGCCACAAAGCCCCUCCUCCCUGCGCUCACAAAGCCCCGCCCGCCCUGAGGCCCCGCCCCCCUGCUUCCAGUGUUCCCAGAGACACGCCCCUCUGCAUUAACGAAGCCCCUCCCCCCAGUGCUCUCAAAGCCCCGCCCGCCCUGAGGCCCCGCCCCCCUGGCCCCUCUGCUGCCAGUGUCUGUGGGAAGCGCACGGCUCCUCUGUGUGUGUGUGGCCGCAGGGCCCGGCGCCUGACGGUGGGGAACGGGGGCCCGAACCACGGGCGUGUGUUCUUCUGCUGCCCCGUCACACGCCACCGCUGCGGCUUCUUCCAGUGGGAGUCUGGGCCAAUCACGGCCUGCAGAUCCACUGCCCUCAGAUGAGCAGUCACUGUGUGUGUGUGUGUGUGUGUAGUGAUGAUGUGUUCCAGUUCAGACUCUCUCUAUGAAUGAAAUUCACUACACAGAAGUAUUGUUUUUAAUAUUCACUGCUUUUGUAAAUAAGCAGUUCUGUACAUUAUGAUAACACUUUACAUGAAGUCUAUAUCUAAUGCAUUAAAAAUGAUUAUUGAUCAUG